UUGUUGUUUGAUGUUGAGAGUGACAGCGUGCGGUAGCAGCCACAGCUUUUCCGAUUAGGUGUUGCUGCUGCUGCAGUCAAACGCUGAGCGGAGCGGGAGUUGGACUAACGUGAACAUGGAGAAUUACUACCGCUUGUUAUCUUCUUGCCGGGAGAUGUAAUAAACGUAUGCAGCCAGCCGCGACCGCUGACAUUAAUUUUUACCAAAACCUACUGUGAUGAAAUAAAGAAGACGUAAUAUUUCUACGCGUCCAGCACUAGGACGGAUUUUUUUUUUCUAUCUGUGAUGCUGGAACUGGUAGUACCCGAGUAAGAUUUUUCUGUGGACUCAUCACCCGAUCUAUUGCUUGCCUUGAUCCUUCUUUAACAAAGAGAAUGAUUGAUGAAGGUGGAAAAAGAGGCAAGACCGUGGCAGAGAAGAGACAGCUUUUCAUGGAGAUGAGGGCUCAAAAUUUUGAUGUCAUCAGGCUUUCAACGUAUCGGACGGCAUGCAAGCUGAGAUUUAUUCAAAAGAGAUGUAACCUCCACCUUGUCGAUGUUUGGAACAUGAUAGAAGCCUUUCGAGAUAAUGGCCUCAACACACUGGACCACAACAUGGAAAUCAACGUGUCUCGACUGGAAACCAUUAUCUCUUCCAUUUACUACCAGCUUAACAAACGACUUCCGACCACACAUCAGAUCAACGUGGAUCAAUCUAUCAGUCUUCUUCUUAACUUCAUGAUAGCUUCUUAUGACAGUGAAGGCCAUGGGAAGUUGACAGUGUUUUCUGUAAAAGCUAUGCUGUCUACAAUGUGUGGUGGAAAACUAGUGGAUAAACUACGGUAUAUAUUUUCUCAGAUCUCAGACUCCAAUGGAAUGAUGAUGUAUACAAGGUUUGAUCAGUUUUUGAGAGAAAUAUUAAAGCUCCCAACAGCUGUGUUUGAAGGCCCUUCUUUUGGAUACACAGAACAUUCAGUUCGAACGUGUUUUCCACAACAGAAAAAGAUUGUGCUGAAUGUGUUUUUAGAUGCAUUAAUGGCUGACCCGCCUCCACAGUGUCUGGUCUGGCUACCUCUCAUGCACCGACUGGCCAAUGUGGAGAAUGUCUUCCAUCCCGUGGAAUGUUCAUAUUGUCAUAAUGAAAGCAUGAUGGGAUUUAGGUACCGAUGCCAACAGUGCCACAAUUACCAGCUCUGCCAGAACUGUUUUUGGCGUGGUAAUGCCAGCGGCACUCACAGCAACCAACACCAGAUGAAGGAACAUUCUUCUUGGAAAUCACCUGCAAAGAAGCUGAGCCAUGCGAUAAGCAAGUCUCUUGGAUGUGUUCCAAGCAGAGAACCCUCUCAUCCUAUGUUCCCUGAACAGCCAGAAAAACCCCUUGACUUAGCACACAUAGUCCCUUCAAGACCCUUGCCUAAUAAUAUGAAUGACACCAUUUUAAUGUCUUCGGGGGCACCUACCCCAACAAAAAGGUUGCAGCACAGCCUGGAUAUGGCCAGUCGAUUGGCUGAUGAACAUGCGUUGAUAGCAGUAUGUGUGAGCCGGCUACAGAAUGGCACACGUGUUUUGGAAAGCCCAAGCAGAUUAGAUGAAGAACACAGACUCAUCGCCAGGUAUGCAGCUAGACUGGCAGCAGAAGCUGGAAAUUCUACUCAACACCCUCCAACGGACUUGGGGUUUAACUUUGAUGUCAACAAGCAACAGAGACAGCUUAUUGCAGAACUGGAAAACAAAAACAGAGAGAUCCUGCAAGAAAUCCAGCGCCUGAGACUGGAGCAUGAGCAGGCCUCCCAGCCCACGCCGGAGAAAGCCCAACAGAACCCCACACUGCUUGCUGAGCUGCGACUCCUCAGGCAGAGAAAAGAUGAACUGGAGCAGAGAAUGUCAGCAUUGCAGGAGAGCCGUCGAGAGCUGAUGGUGCAGCUCGAAGGACUAAUGAAGCUGCUGAAGGACGAAGAACAAAAGCAGGCAGCUCAAGCGGCAGGCUCACCUCGUUCCUCACCCAGUCACAGUGCUAGUUGCCAGAUGCCAAUGCCGGUCCGCUCAACAUCAGCUGGCUCCACCCCCACACACACUCCUCAGGACUCGCUGGCAGGAGUGGGGGGCGAUGUGCAAGAAGCCUUUGCGCAGGGUGCCCGGAGGAACCUUCGCAAUGACUUGUUAGUGGCAGCUGAUUGUAUCACAAACACCAUGUCCUCCUUGGUGAAAGAACUCCAUUCAGAUGACGGUGGUGAAGCCGAGGAGGAAGGGAAGAUGCAGAAUGGAAAAGACCGGGAUUAAGUUGGAAGAAACAAAACUAAGCAAUCCAAGCACAGUGACUGUACAGAACAACCAAUCGCAUUGCAGACAUACCCUCAUCCUUGCGGACAGGCACAGCAUUCGAUCGGUGAAGACACUGUCAUGUGGCUGAAAGAACAGAAACUCAGCUGAAGGGGUGUUACUCAAACACGGUUUCCUUUCAGUAGCAGUUCCAUUUAUGCAUGUAGUAUGUUUACAUUUUCUCAUCUGUUAAAGGCUUAGUUUUCAAAUGAUUUUCCUCAAUAACAAAGUUAUUUUAUGUCUAUAUGAAAUGAUAUCUAUAUACCUAAAAUGUACUCUUGAGGCCUGAUUUUCAAAGCUGGGUACUUAUGUUUAAUAAAGCUCCAUUUUUAAUAAAUCUCUGGAAGUACCUGAACAAAAUAAAGCUUUACAAGUAUUUUGAAAUACAAAAGCAAUGCAGAUUUAUACUAAAUUGAUUUGAGUAAAUGUACUAAAGUCCCCUUUUUGAAAAGCAGGCCCUACGGUAUGCACGGAUUUCACGUACUACUGAAGCAGUCUUUUUCUCUUUUUGCUGUACUGAUCUGUGGCCCUGUUUUUUUUUAUGGGUAAAUGGUUUUGAGUUCUGAUUUCAGUGUUGCCAAAACAUAGAUCACAUAGAAGAGUACACUGAAGAGGCACUGAAGAUCUAUGCACUGAAGAUGAUGCACUGAAGAUCUAUGCACAAAUGCCCAAACCAACGUUAGAAUGAAUUCCAAGCAAAAUUGAUAGCACUUUAAGAAAUCUGAUCAUUUGGAUGAAGCGAUCCCUUAACUGAUGGGAAUGCUCACUAGAAACCUGCAUCCUUUGACUGCUAUUCUGUGCAAUUUAUGUUCCAGAGGGGUUCCUACUGUACAUGUGUUUUACUUUAGUAACUGCUGUUUAGCCCGGUGGUUAUCUCACUAGCUGAUAAAUUAUAAUGACCACCCUGUAGUCAGGUUUGAAAAUCGGUCUUUAAAAAGGAUGUCUGCACUACAUAAUAUUGGAUUAUCGUGCGUGAUAUAAGUUUUAAUUGGAUCAGAAGUAUUGUGGCUAAAGUAAGCUUUAUUUUGAAUCAAACUAUUUCCCCAAAGGUAUAGAAGUAGUUUUGAAUGUUAAAAAAAUCAAAACAAAACAGUAUGUAUUUAUGAUUCUACAGAAAAAAAGGGAUGAACCAGGCUCAAAUAACAGUUGAUUGCUUUAACGAUGAUGGAUAAAAAAAAAAAGAAAGGUUCAUGUUGGUGUUUCUUCGAAACAAAGUUUAGGUUUUGAAUUAAAAUAAUUAGAAGAAAGCAAUCUGAAAUGUUAGUGUUACAGCUUAUAAAAUGUGCUCAGGGACAUAAUUGUUACUGAAACCUGUAGCACUAGUUUUAUGUCAUACAGCGGUUUCAGAAAGUUUGGAAAGGUUACAAAAAUAAUUAGGAAAUGUUUGUGAGUUCACGGUGCAAAGAGAAAGUUUAUUGUUGGUUGUGGAUGUGACAUUUUUAAAGAAACAGCUUUGGUAUGUUUUGGGAUUGUUCAAAAACAACCUGGUUGUUGAGUAUAAAUGGGAGGUGUUACACAGUAAGUUAAUACAUUGAUGAGAGAGGUAUGUUAAUGGGGUUGGUAUGUAUUUAUUGCAUUUGAAAUACACUGUAAUAUUUUGUGUGUGUUUUUAUUAUUAUUAUUAAUGUUGCCUGUAAAACCAAAAAAUUUUUAUUUCUUGAAAGAAAUUGUUUUAAGUGGGGAGUGGGGGUCACUGAUGUUUAUUGAAAUUGCAGUAUAUAUAUAUUCACACAAUAUGAUGUAAAAGUUGCAUGUGUCUUUUCCUAAAAAAAAAAAGUUAUAGAAAGCACGGAGUAAAGGAACUUAAACCAACCUGCCUUGAGGUAAUUGCCUUAGCUACUGUCCCAGUGUGAGGGUCUUGGAGUUUUUAAGCUAUGUUAUUGUAAAUUUAAAAAAAGCUAUACAUGGAGAGGACUCUGUCCCAUGUGCCGACUGUGGGGUGUGAAAAGUGAAUUGUAAAACCUACAAUUCAAAUGCUGUUGUAAAAUUUGGUUUAGAAUAUAAGAUUGUGUGUGUUUGUAUGUGCCAAAUUAUUUCUUCACAGUUAGCAAUUGCUGUGUUUUGUUUAGGUUUCCUCUAUUUUUAAAGUUUAUUUUAUUUACAAUAACCGGUAUAGUUGAAGACCUACUUGAAACUGGUUUGUUACUGAGUGAAAUAAAUACAUAUAUGUUCAAGGAGACAUAAAAGGAUACAAUUACGUACAGUUGUCUAGGUUCAGCAACACGGGUGUCUGACCGGAAGCACAUAUCUAAUCUUGUCAAACUGUGUAAUAUAAUGUACAACACUUGUAAUAUUUCACAGCUGCUACUGAUGAUCAUAUCGAGUGGUUUGUAGAAGAGUGUGUGUUGUAUUUCUGAACAUCAUGCAAAAUGUAUGAAUCCCCUGAGGUUUAUUUUAAAUAAUGUUUUGGUGCUGGAUGCCACUGCUUGAUUCAUUUAAUAAUCCUGAUUUGAUGUCACUGGAUAACUGUUUCAUAAAUUAAUAAAAUGUGAAAUAAAAAAGAAAGAUAGA